UCGAUAAAUCUUGUAUUGCACCAGCUGGACACGUCCAGUUUCUCAAGAAUCGCAGAGUUUUGCCUGUGAUACUGAGUGCUAAGCGCUUUAAUGAUAUUGUAUAUAGAUCUACAAUGGGUGCAAAGCGGGACAAACUGGCCACAACUGAAGAGGAUGAGAGAUAUUUGGAAUACCUCAAGCAAGGACACGAUGCACUUUCUAAACACUUCACAAAUAUCGGUGCUCACUCACUGGAUGAGGAGAAACAAGCAAAGCUAGAUCAGGAACUAAGAGAAGCGGAAAUCAGGGAAAAGCAAGUUCGAUUGGAGGACGAACGAACACGCAAAGAGCGAAUAAUACGGGCAAAUCGCAUAUUGGAGGAACUUAAGCCAGGACAACAGGCUCUUCAUCAUGCGCUGAUGGAAAGCGAAAUGAUUUACCAACGCAAAUAUAAUGAAGCUGUCAAUCGCGAGAUACUUCAGAAUGCUGAAGACCAGCAGCGCCGAGAUGAGAUUGAGUGUCCAGAAACACUUGUGCCAGCAAGUAGUCUGACUGAGGAAGAGUUGAAAGCCAAGGAACAGGCGAAAGCCAUCGUGGUUCGUACUCUUUUUCUCAAAGACAUCGAAGAAAGGCGUCAGCAAAAAGCAGAUGAGAAGGAGCAGGAGAUCUACGAAGGCAUUGUUGAACGCGAGCAAUACAAAUGUCUCCACGAGCAGGAACUGAAGGCUGCGAAAAAACUUGCUGAGAAAAAGCGCGAAUUUUGUCGAAAUGCUUAUCGAGAAUCAUUAAGAGAGAAGGCAGCUGUAGCAAAGUUUGAGAAAAUAUGUAAUAAGAUAGAUGAUAGAGUAAUAUGUGUGGAUAAUGCAAGGCGUCGACACUUGGACACACGCUACAAUGUUGCAGUCAACGCUAUGCGUAAUAAAAUCAUUCAGAAUCGAGAGAAACAAGCUGUGGAAGUCUGCAGGCAGCAAGAGGCCAACAAGCAACAAAAUCGAAAGCUGCAGGAAGAGCUUGUGGACCGUUAUGAUGUUGAGGUCGAGAUGGACGAAGCACGGCGUCAAUGUCAGAGAGAGGAAUUGUCUAAGCAGCGACGUGCUUACCAGAUAAUCGAACAACGGCAAGCCAGGGAGAAGAGGCAGAAAGAAGCUGAGAUUCAACGAUAUCAAAUUGCAGGACGGUUGAAAAAUCACGAGACGAACAAACGAUUUGCUAAUAUACAGCAAAGUCGCAAAGAUAAAGCUACGUCUCAGUUACGUAGCAUAUUGUUCGGUCAACGAGACGAGUUUCUGGAAAAGCAACGGGGAUGA